AUGCAAAUCCAGCAACAAUACAGAGGUCGAGUGGGAUCUGCGGGACGUUGCUGGGGCAGUAUGUCCGAAGGCGGGGGGGUCUCCGCAGCUGGAGACACGUGCAAGACCAACCUGAUCGUUAACUACCUCCCUCAGACGAUGACUGAGAAAGACCUGUACGCAAUGUUCAUGACCAUAGGACCGAUCGAGAGUUGCCGGGUCAUGAAAGAUUUCAAGACUGGUUACAGCUAUGGCUUUGGGUUUGUGAACUUCACGAGGGAAGAGGACGCUGCGAGGGCCAUCGAGACGUUCAAUGGAUACCGGCUUAGAAAUAAACGGUUAAAGGUAUCUUACGCCCGGCCGUCCGGUGACGACAUCAAGGACACGAACCUGUACGUGAGCAAUCUACCCAGGGCAAUAACCGAGGAACAGUUGGAGACAAUCUUCGGCAAGUACGGUCGCAUCGUGCAAAAGCAUAUACUGCGCGACAAGAAUAACGGCACGCCUAGAGGUGUCGCUUUUGUUAGAUUCGACAAACGAGAAGAGGCGCAAGAAGCAAUAGCGGCUUUGAAUAAUGUCAUACCUGAGGGCGGCACGGAGCCGUUAAGUGUAAAGGUGGCAGAAGAGCAUGGGAAACAAAAGGCGGCGUACUAUGCUGGCUGGGCGGCGGGCUUCCAUCACAAUAGAGGGAUCAGGCCUCUAACAAAGAAAAUAUUGGGGCUUAGUCAACCAUACUGCUCCACACAAGGUGAUUAUUCAUGGAGCUGUGGGAACUGCAUGAUGCCGGAUCCCUGGGACAAAUUCCCGAAUCCCCCUCUAGGCGGAAGUCAUCCCAACACACCACGCAACGGUUGCCGACCUGGAAUCUGUGUGAACGCGAGGGUUACCUACCCAAAUUAUAUGCCAAAUAAAGGCAACCCUAGGCCUCCGAGGGUGGCAAGGAACCUCCCUUGGGCUCCAGCUUUCCCAGAUGAACGAUUAAAAGGGCAGAGAUGUCGGAAUGGUACAGCGCCAUAUUGGUAG